AUGAAGGAGGCGCAGGGCGGCGGGGCCCUGCCCGGCACCUCGCUGCAGCGGGCCUGCCGGCUGCUCGUAGUCUUCUGCGCCCUGCACCUCUCGGUCACGCUGCUCUACUAUCUGGCGGGCAGCAGCGACCUGCGCCCGCCGCGCAACCCUGAGCCGCCGCCGCGCAGCCUGGGGGCCGUCAACCGAGCCCAGCCCGGGCCGCCGCCCCCGCGCAGCCCCCGGCCGGCCAACAGCUCCCGCGCCCAGCCCGGGCCGCCGCCGGACUGCCCCGACCCGUCCCCGCUGCUGGUUGGUGCACUGCAUGUGGAAUUUUCCCAGCCUGUGAAUCUUGAGGAAGUUGAGAAGAUAAACCCUGAAGUGAGAGAAGGAGGCCGAUAUGCUCCAAAAGACUGUAAAGCACUUCAGAAAGUAGCAAUCAUCAUACCAUUCAGGAACCGUGAUGAGCAUCUGAAGUACUGGCUGUAUUAUCUCCACCCAAUCCUUCAAAGGCAACAGCUUGACUAUGGAGUGUAUGUCAUCAAUCAGGGUGGAGAAGAAACCUUUAAUCGUGCUAAACUUCUGAACGUAGGCUUCGAAGAAGCUUUGAAAGAAUAUGACUAUGGUUGCUUUGUAUUUAGUGACGUAGACCUAAUUCCAAUGGACGACAGGAACAUCUACAAGUGUUACAGCCAGCCACGGCACCUUUCUGUAUCGAUGGAUAAGUUUGGAUUUCGUUUACCGUACAAUCAGUAUUUCGGAGGUGUGUCUGCUUUAAACAAGGAGCAAUUCGUAAAAAUCAAUGGAUUUCCUAAUAAUUACUGGGGCUGGGGUGGCGAAGAUGACGACAUUUAUAACAGGCUGUUUUUUAAAGGUAUGAGAAUAUCUCGCCCAGAUGCUGUAAUUGGGAAGUGCCGAAUGAUUCGCCAUUCAAGAGACCAUAAAAAUGAACCCAACCCACAGAGGUUUGACAGAAUUGCUCACACAAGAGAGACAAUGAAUUCUGAUGGCUUAAAUACGCUGUCAUACAAGGUAGUGAAAACUGAGAAAUACCCACUGUAUACAAAAAUCACAGUGGAUGUUGGCUCACCAAAUAAGUAGUGUUGGAGAGGCAGAAGUGAAGACUUAGAAGCUACCAGGGAUAUCUAAUCCAUAGGAUUUUUAUAUGUACUGUUUUUACUACAGUCAGAAUGAACAAGAAAGCCUCAUUCAGCUAUGCAAAGUUUUUCCCAGUCUCCUGGACAAGGGAGACUUUUUAAUCCCAAACUUGACUUUACACAACUUUCUAGCUCUCCAGUAUUUUUAUAAGUUUAGAAACUGUAAAUAAGAGUUGUAAAUAUUUACAUUGCCAGAAAAUGCUGGACAUUAUGUAUCUGCUGCAGUGCUCCCCACAGAAAUAUUUUAUUCAAAUGUUAUUGUUCACAAACAAAUGAUGAAUCAGCAAUUACUACCCAUAUUAUUUCUUCCAUAUGUUAAAUUAGCUAGACGAGAACACUGCUUUAAAUUCUUUGCUGUUGUUACUUUAUGAAGGACUGGAAAAUGCUGCUAAAAUUAUACAAGUUUACACUUUGCAUGAGAUUUUUUUAAUGGAGGCAGUAUCCUUUAUUCUCGUCUAACGUCAACCAAACCAAACGUUUUUUUCUUUAAUUUUAUGCAGAGCAAGUUUUGGAAAAAUUGAUCUUACAAAAUCUGUAACAGCAACAGAUUUUAUUAUCUCAGAGGGGAUUUUAAUAACUUGGGUCCCAAUCCUCCAGUGAGCGCUAUAUAGACAGGACAUUUAGGCUUGGUGGGAGCUGCACAGGACGGUAUAAACAUUAUGAUGCAAGAAGUACUGUCUCCAGGUGACCUGCACGGAAAGAUGUCUUUGGGUAGACAGAGCAGUGUAAGAUGCAUUCUAUUUUUUAAGAAAGGCAAUUUGGUUGUAAUUAUGGGCUGAAACUAUAGUCUUUUUUAAUUAAAAUUUACUGAAAUUCGUUUACUUUCGUAAGAGCUUAUCACACUAUUUAAAUACCAUAUACAUUUCACAAAAACAAAAUGCAUUUUUCUUAAUGUUGUACAUAAAACUUGAAUUCAUUGUUC